AUGUUGAACCAGAAGAGAUGGAAUGACACGAAUGAUGAGAGCAAGAAGCUGUACUGUGUUUACGUUGCUGUUGGACAGAAGCGUUCCACUGUCGCCCAGCUCGUCAAGACCCUUGAGGAGAACGAUGCCAUGAAAUACUCCAUCGUCGUUGCCGCCACUGCCUCUGAGGCCGCUCCUCUUCAAUAUAUCGCUCCAUUCACCGGCUGUGCUGUAGGAGAAUGGUUUCGUGAUAAUGGACGCCACGCUCUCAUCACUUAUGACGAUCUGUCUAAGCAGGCCGUUGCCUACCGUCAAAUGUCCCUUCUUCUCCGUCGUCCCCCAGGGCGUGAGGCUUACCCCGGAGAUGUCUUCUACCUCCACUCUCGACUUCUCGAGCGUGCUGCCAAGUUGAAUGACAACCACAAGGGUGGCUCCCUCACUGCCCUCCCCAUCAUUGAAACCCAGGGUGGUGAUGUUUCUGCCUACAUUCCCACUAACGUCAUUUCAAUUACCGACGGCCAGAUUUUCUUGGAGGCCGAAUUGUUCUACAAGGGUAUCCGACCAGCCAUUAACGUCGGUUUGUCUGUGUCUCGUGUCGGUUCUGCCGCCCAGCUCAAGGCCAUGAAACAAGUCGCCGGUUCGCUCAAACUGUUCUUGGCUCAGUAUCGUGAGGUUGCAGCCUUCGCCCAGUUCGGUUCCGACUUGGAUGCUUCCACCAAGCAGACUCUCAACCGUGGUGAGCGCCUGACCGAGCUGCUUAAACAGAAGCAAUACAGCCCCAUGGCUGUCAACGAAAUGGUUCCACUCAUUUUCGCUGGUGUCAACGGCCACCUCGACUCCAUCCCCGUCAGCAAGAUUCAGCAAUGGGAGACUGAUUUCCUUGCUCACCUCAAAACCAACGAGUCUGAGCUUCUUCAAUCGAUUGAGAAGGAGGGUCAAUUGAGCAAGGAGCUAGAGGCUCAGUUGAAGGAAGUCACAGUUGCCUUCAACAAGUCUUUCUCAUAA